UCUCUGGCAGGCGGAGUGGCAGGCAGCUUUCUCCGAAAGCGCUCGGGCUGGUUGGUCGGGACUCCUAACAAGUCCCGCAGAAACUUCAGAGGGGCAAAGUCCACGCUGAGUGAGAGGGAGACAGGGGGAAGUUAAUGUGUGAGAGCGUGCUGGGAACCAAAUCACAUGUCAUUUUAAAGAAAUGCUACAAAGAUGGCGGUGGUAAUCGAGACGGGAGUUUCAGGUGCCUUCGGAGUGCAAAAAAGUGGAUUUGUGGAGGUUUUGGUGCGGGAGCGGUGGCACAAAGUUUUGGUCAACUUAAACGAGGAAGCGCUUACGUUAAGCUGCGAGGAGGGCUGCGUAAACGACAACGGGGACGAAAAUGUCAACUCCAACGGGGUUACCAACGGAUCCUACCUGGACAACAAUAACACCAACUCCAACAACGGCCCCCAAACUGUGCGCACCGCGUUCACGGACCUGCCGGAGCGAGUGCCCGAGGCGAUCGCCAACAGAAAGCGGUGCGUCAAGCUGACCAAGCAGGAGAUAGGGGGACUGGGGAUCAGCAUCAAGGGCGGGAAGGAGAAUAAAAUGCCCAUUCUCAUCAGUAAGAUAUUCAAAGGGCUCGCAGCGGAUCAGACCCAGGCUCUGUACGUGGGGGACGCCAUCCUGUCCGUGAACGGCAUGAACCUGCGGGACGCGACCCACGACGAGGCUGUGCAGGCGCUGAAACGGGCCGGGAGAGAGGUGACACUGGAAGUGAAGUACAUGCGUGAGGCCACGCCGUACGUCAAAAAGGGCUCCCCUGUGUCGGAGAUCGGCUGGGAAACCCCCCCUCCUGAGUCUCCUCGCCUCGGCAGCCACUCCCUCACCUCCUGCUCCCCCUUCGACCCCCCAAGCUCUCCCACCCAGCCUUCACUGUCCCUGCAGGGCGACAGAAGGUGCAUACCACUCAGGAUGUGUUGUGUAACCCGAGCCAUGACCACACCUGACCCAGAGAACAGACAGCUGGAGCUGCACUCCCCUGACGCCCGGCACACCGUGGUGCUGCGCUGCCCCGACCAACCCUCGGCCCUGAGCUGGUUCUCCGCCAUGCACUCUGUCACCUCCACUCUGUCACAGCGGGCGCUGGCAGAGGUCAUCCAGAACACAGCCAGGACCGGGGUGGCUGGCAGCCGAGAGAUACGACACCUAGGCUGGCUGGCAGGGAAGACGGAGAGCGAGAAGCAGAGCUGGAAGCCGGUGCUGGUGGUGGUGACAGAGAAAGACCUGCUGCUGUACGAGAGCUUACCGCGAGGCAAGGAGGCCUGGCAAAGCCCUGCUCACACCUACCCACUGUUAGCAACACGUUUGGUCCACUCUGGUCCUGACCGGGGGUCGCCGCACUCUGGCACCGAGUUGUUCUUCGCCACUCGGACUGGCACACGGCUCGGUAUCGAGACUCACCUGUUCCGGGCCGAGACCACCAAGGAUCUGUCCCUGUGGACCAGACAAAUAGUCAAUGGAUGUCACGCCUCAGCCGAGAUGAUCAAAGAGGUCACCACAAGUUGUCUGUACCAGAGUCAGGAGUGCCGGCUGGUGAUUCACUACGAGCAAGGCUUCUCUGUGCUGGCUGACCCCUCACUGGGGGAGGGGGGAGACGGGGAGGAGAGAGGAGCCCACACACCUACCAGGCCCCGGGUGGUCCUCUCCUACCCCUACGAGAAACUAAAAAUGUCUUCAGAUGAUGGAGUUCGCUUGCUCUUUCUUGACUUUGGAGGAAAGGAGGGAGCGAUACAGCUGGAUCUCCACUCAUGUCCGAAGCCGAUGGUCUUCAUCCUCCACUCCUUCCUCUCUGCUAAGAUCUCCCGCCUGGGUCUGGUGGCCUGACCCCUCUGAAGGGACAUCUCCUUGGAAAUCUACCUGGUUUCUCCACCUCUCUGCAGCCUGCAUGCAGUUGAUCACCACAUCAAACUCCUUCAGUCGGGGACCCAAGCUGAAUGAAUGUAACUUCAAUCUGGAAAUGUAACUUUAUUUUGGAGUCCAUGUCAAUGAAACACUGGAUCGAGGAUUUUUGGAGGGAAUUGGACAGAUUUAUUUUGGGGGGAAACCCCUUCCUUUAAGGGCUGCAUGGAUUGGAGUGAUGACUGAAGAACCACAGAAGAAGACAUGGACUGAACUAGAAUCAAAGGGAUGAUAUAUACAGACAUUGGGCAUUACUGUCAUGUGCAUCAUUGGAAGGACUGGACACGUGCAACAUGGUUGAGAUGAAUUCACUUUUAAUUCAAUCAAAAUGUAAUAUCAAACUGCCUUCUAUUAACCAAUUAUAUAAUGUAUUCACCAUUAGCUCUGAAAGCACAUUAUGAAUUUCAUUCGGUCAUUUUUCUUCACCAAACAUUUGACACACUGGAAAAAUGUCAUGCAUUUGUCUUUGUUAGUGUCCCCUGAAAUGUCUUGUUAGCUGUGUCAGCAUUCAUCAUUGGAACUGGCGGGCACAGUCUCCCACAAUGUGACAGCUGACUCAAAUUCAAAAUGUCACAUUAUUCUGUUAACAGGUUGCAGGAGGUCAAAUAGUUUGAUCUGAUGGUGGUCUGAAGUCAGUUCUAAUGUAUUCAAUUAAUAAAAAGGAAGAUAAUUGGCUAUAGUUAAGAUUAAGCAAUACUUUGAUCUUUUAGGGAAAUACACUUUUUCACUUUCUCGCAGAGAGUCAGAUGAGCUACAGCCAGUAGCUGAUUAGCUUUGAUUGAAGGCACAGGAUUGAGAGGAUGAGUAGGAUUUGUCAUUUGCGGUUUGUAAACAUUCAAAUUGGCACUCCUGCCAGGCUCAAAGGGAUGUUGCUGCUCGCCAGAGGCUAAAAACAACCCCAGAUUAUCUCUUGUUUUAGAACCAGCUUUGUCAGCUUGGCAUUUCACCAACAAAACAAAAUAAGAAAUAGAAGCAGAGGGCAAAGUCAUGGCGACACCAACACCACCAAACAAUUUGAGUAGGUCAUAAUCGAUGAUUGAGAGGGAUUAUUUGUGUAUUAAUCUAUAUAUUGUUUUUAAGUAAAACUAUUCUCAAUAUGCCUUGAGUGGUAACAGAGGAAAACAGAUAGCUGGGUAAUUAGUGAGCUUUAGAGGUGCUGGGGUGGUUAUGUUACCUUUGGAUACUAGGUUAACUUGUAACCUUAUAUAUAACAGACACAUUUGAAAGUAGUUUGUUCUCAUCUAACUCUGCAAAUAAAUAUAUUUCCCAAAAUGCUGAACUGUUCCUCAUAGGGUCUGCCGUCUGAUCAGACAUGAUAAUGCUGUUCACUCCUUCCUCCCUCAUUUUAGAGUGAUAUAUUUAUGAUUGUUAACUUGAGUUACCAACUGAUAUCUUCUAAUUGUCUACGCAGAGCUGAUCUUAUUUGCCUGUUAACUGAGAAACUGCAGUCAUGUGCUUCCCCCAAGCAAACGUCUGCCAUCAUACUUCUAAUAUUCCUAUUUAAAAAAUUGAUACUCAAUCAAACUGUGCACCUUAUGCCGCUUAUCAGAUCAUCAAGUGUUAUUUGUCUUUUUGUAGCAAGGUGGCCAUGAUAGGAAUCUCAAUAAUUGUUUUAGUCCUGUAGCAGCCAGUGUAGGGUUUUCUUUUUGUUUUCUUGUUUUGGGAUGUUAUGAAAUGUGCACACUGCACUGUCUGUGACAUGGCUGACUGCCGGGACAUUCCUCGUGCCUUCAGAUGACUGAAAAUGAGACAUUUUAAUUUUGAAAGAAAUUCAUUAUAGAGAUCACAGGAUUGAGCAACAAUGUGACUUCUAUUGUGGCUACUUUUAUGUUAUUCUGUACUUUUCUGUUUCUCUACUUUAUAUCAGCAUAUUUUCAAUAAUCAUUUACCCACAAACUGUGAACAAUGAUUUACAUAUUGUAAUCCCACCAGUCUGUAGAAGAAUAACCAUCUGUUUUGUUGCUAUUAAAAGAUAGGAAAAGGCAUUGUAACACUUUAGUUCAGCCACGAAUCCAGCACUUACUUAUAACCUCAAGUGGAGAGAAGCUCCUUGAGUAAAGGCUGCUUUGACAUGUAGACUACUCUGAUGCCUUCGGCAGCUACUGUACUGUCACUCAGAAUGAUAAAGCCUAGUUUUUAAUUCAAAACAGUGCACAUAAAUCAUGUAUUUAA